AUGUUAAAAAUAAAUUUAAAUGUAAAUAUUGAUAAGAAAAUUAAUUUAAAUAUUUUCUUCUUUUUCGCCCUUUUAUUUAAAAUUUUAAUAAUAAUAAAUGCCCAAUUUCCACAAAAUCAAAUGGGAGGAGGACUUCCCCCACCUCCACCCCCUGUAGCUAUUCCUGUUGGUGGGGGUAAUGUUCCAGUAGUGGGUGGGGGUGGACAGAAUAUUGGUCCUCAAGGAUCUCAACUUUUUUCUGGAAUUGGAGAUAAUUUACUUUAUGGAGUAAAUUUGGUCCCUUUUGGCCCAGAAGUUGGCGACAGAAAAGUCCAUCCAGGAUUUUUGACAGCUGGACAAACAAUAGAUUUAUAUAUGUAUUUUCCUUUUUAUGGAGGUCUUUACAACUAUACAACUUUGUCAGUAAAUGGAUAUAUGGCUUUUGCUACAGUGCUUGACCAAGGCCCCACAAUUAAUGUCGGUCCCGAAGCUACAGAUUGGCCUAGACAACAAGAUCCAGCGAUGAUUGGCCCUUAUUUAUGCAAACAACAAAUACCCCAAGAUAGCAAUGUAGCUUUAAGAUCGGGUGUUUAUUAUCGUUUAAUUAUGAGACAAUCAAUGUUUGGUAGAGGUUCUGGAAUGAAUGUUGGAGGGCCAGAUGUUGGGGGAACAAUGCCGGAAAGUAGUUUCUUUGGUUUUCGUUUUCAAAAAUGUCCGGCGGCUGCUGACAAUUAUGUAAGGUGUGACGCCGCUGGAGAUUAUUUUCUUGAUCAAAUGAUGCGUUGGUUACAGGAAGGAGUAGCAGGGGCAACAGCAUUUUGUGCAGAUGCUGCUUUAGUCGUUACCUGGUAUAACACAGCCUCUGCAAUUUCUGGAAGGGCAGAUAUUGAUGGGGGGCAAUUGGCUACCUAUCAAGUUGUUUGGUUAACUGACCAAGCCGGAAGACUUAGUUAUGUUAUUUUAAAUUAUGACAAACUUGGAUUUGAUGCUGCUGAUAUUCGAAUGAAUUCUAGAAGUGGAAGGUGUCAGGCACUUUUCAAUGGAGGGAAUCACACAGGCUUUGUGCUUGUAGACCCAACACAAAAUUACAAAAACACCCCAAAAGUCCUAGCUCAGCGUUCUGGCGUUCCUCACAUGGUUCGUGGCCGUUAUAUGUUUAGAGUUGAUGAUGUUGUUAGGCCUGGAGGGUGUUCAAAUAAAACUGGGGGAACUUACCCAAUAAUGAUAUAUCCAAAUAUUGUAAAUAUGUUGGGUGAAAUGACUGUUGAUGUUAAUGCUAUUUGUUUGGAUAGAACACAAACAUAUAUUUUAAUGAUUGAACAAAGACAGACAGCUUCUUGUAUUGUACUUAAUGCAGCAAUGGCUAGAUGUAAUAUUCCAAAAAUUUAUGAUUGGGGAACUAAAACUGUGUUUUUCCAACCACAAAGUCAAGGAGCUAAUGAUGAAAGGGCUUUUGUUGGAUAUAUUUAUUUUGUUCCCCCAACAUUAGAUCCUAUGCGUUUGGAUGUUGGCAAUAUUUAUGAUUGGUACAAAAAUCCCUUACCAAAUAUCGUUAUGCCCAUUUCUUGGUAUCCCCGCAACUUUACAAAUCCAGAUUUAAACUUUUUUGAUCAAAACAUGCAUAUAAGUGAUGAUGCCGUUUAUGGUGUUCAAUUGGGUUUAUAUGUUAUUGGUUAUAAAGAAUCUAAGGAUGACCAAAUCAAAAAAUUCCGCCCUGAACAUCGAGUUCUUUGUAGAUUAGCAACUUAUUCUAAUAGAAAUACUUAUGAGUAUAGAUGGAAUGCACAGAAAGAGAGAAUUAAUUUAAAUCAAGUUGAACAAUGGUACAUGAAUGAUUGGGAAAGAAUGAAUGAACUUUUUACGUUUAGAGUUGGAUAUUUAAAAUUAUCUCCUGUACGGACAAACGAUCAAGCGGGGUUUCUAGCCCCUCAGCUUCUUUCUGGCCUUGUUUCUGCCCCAAUUUCCCUUCACUGGCUUUGGACUAUUGGAAAUCCUCGAUAUGAAACAACAACAUUUUCUCGUCAAGAACAAGACGUUCAACAAGAAUUUAUUGCUCAAAAAGCAAAAGAAAUGUGUCAUGAUUGGUUUGAUGAAGAUGGGGCUCAAUGGAAGUUUGUUACUCUGAUAUUCCGAAAAUAUUUAAAAAUAUUUCAAAGCUUUAUUCGAGAUGUAGAAACAAAUGCUUCCUGUCCUUGUAUGGAAAAUCAGGCCAAAUUCGAUUUAGGACGAUUUAUGCCUCAUCCACGUUGUUCACAAACAUUUAGAGAUAUAACCUGUACUUCUAUGAUUGGGGCUAAGAAUUGUUAUAUGAGUUCAUCCAACAUUUACGGCUCUUAUUCUGGCAGGCAUUUUGAUUAUGGUUAUGGAUAUAGUGAAUAUAGUAGAGGAGAUUUUUAUAGAGAUAGAGGGCCAGAAACGGGAGGUGAAGGAACUUCUUUUGGUGGUGGAUAUUAUGGAAGGGAUGGACAAGAUAGGGGAACACGAUUUCCAACACAUUAUGGACAAGUUUGUUGUUAUGACGAGAAGGGAUUUUUAAUGCAAACAACAUACCAACCAGUCAUUAAAGUAAUUGAAGAAACUCCCUAUAAUCCAGGCUUUCCACUGAGAGCCUAUGAAUUUGGUACCCCUCCAUAUAUGGGGCAGUUUGAAGUUCCUGGUCUUUCUGCCUUUCACCAUGAUUAUAUGCCUUAUUUUCUUUGUUGUAAAUUUGCCAAAUUUCGUUGCCAACUUUUUUAUUGGAGAAGGCCAAGUAGUGGAUGUCAACAAUAUCAACCACCAGCUAUUGGGGAAGCAAUGGGUGCUGGUACUUUCCACACUAUAGACAACGACAAAUUUGUUUUUAACGAGCCUGGUGUUUACACACUUCUCCACAUUCCCAAAACAAUAAAUAAUCCCGAAGUUCGGAUCCAAAUUCGUUUGGAACGUUAUCCCAAUAGACGUGUAGAUUUUAGUAUGCUAGGCCGUUAUCUCUCUCAAGAGCAAUUAGUUCAACCUACAAAUGCUACUAGAGUCUUAGUGUUGGCAAGAGGUGACACUCGGCGAUUUCGCUAUCGUACUUCUGUUAUUAUUGGAAAUAUACUUCGGUAUUUUGACACAAUGAGACUGCAACGAUUUAAGGGAGUUCUAAUUUAUGUAAAUAACGUGGAAAGAGGCCAACCAGAAGUUUAUGUAGUUUUGGAGGAAGCCCAAAUUGGUGUUCGAAUAAGAGAAAGUUAUUCUGUUGAUAUUGACAGAAUGCCAAUGUAUCAAGAAUCUAUGGGUAUUUUGGAUAUUGCUUUAAGUGUUCCUCCUCAAUAUGGAGUGCAACCAGAUGGAGAUAAAACAAGAGAUCAAGAAAUGCGUCAACGUUAUAAUUUGCCCCGAGUGUCAGGUUUAAUGCGUCCAUUCCCUGAUACAGUUACAGGCUCUAUAUACAGCACUUUGACUUUAAAUGAAGUUAAUUCUGAAUCAAUUAGACAACAAAUAAUUACUUACUAUAGAGUGCCUGGGUCUGGAGAACGUUUUACUGAUUAUCAACAACAAACAUUGAAUCAGUAUAUGAUACCUACUGAUAAUAUGUUCACAACCAGCCGAGAGGAAGACAAAAAGUUCGAAGCCUUCCCAGAGGCCGCAAUGAAAAACGAACCAAUCUACAAAACUGCCCAAAUUUACGAAACACCCCAAUACAGAUUUGUGCCUAGAACAGGCUCUGUAUUAAUGCAGAUAUUACAACAAUGCAAUGAUUUAGCUUCGAGAGAUACUCUCGGAAUGCAACCUUAUCAAGGCCAACUUUAUUGGGAUUGGGCUUCUCAAUGUCCAGACAAUCCAGGCAAAAUACUUCAACAUUGUGGAGAUAAUGUUCCUUGUCUUUAUGAUUUUACUCUUUUAAAUGCUGAAGUAUUAGGGAAUGAAGUAAAAGAUACUUGGAAUGCUUUUUUCCAUGAUAGGGGACAAGCAAUUAGAAGUUAUAAUAGUUGUGGACCUAUAAAUAUUGAAUAUCCUGAAUAUAUGAUUAAAACGCCAGCAUUAGCUCCAAGUUAUAUGCAAGGAGAUUCUCACUGGAUAAAAGGUGAUUCCGAAUAUAAAUGCUCACUAGUUGUUGAUUAUAAUUACCCCAAUAGCUAUAGAUUUGAAUGGAAUAAAGGUGGACAGCCUUGGUGCCGUUCUAGAGAAAUGGAUAAUAUGUUGACUUGGUUACUAGGCAUACUUGGAACAGUGGGUAUUAUACUUGUAGUUGUUCUCCUAUUCCUCAGUUGUUGGUGUAUUAAAGUUAAAAGAAGGCAGGAUCAAGUAAAUGCUGUUGGAGGCCCUUUACCUGGGAAAUUUGCAGUAGGGUCAAUUACUAGUUUGGAGCCUCCACCUAAUUUGAAUGAGGAAAAUGCUCCUCAAAUGGAAGAAACUUCUACAGCAAUGCCUGAGGGGAUUUUAGGGUUAAAUACUAGCGUUUGA